AAAUAUAAUUGUUUAGUGCAUCCUGAUUGAAGAAAACUAGUGAAAAUGGUUGAUGAGUGUACGAAAAAGACCUUAAGCAGCUUGCCUUUGCUGCAAACCAGAGCCAGCCCAAGAGACAAGGACAUAUGGGUGCAACGUCUGAAGGAAGAAUAUCAGGCUUUAAUUAAGUAUGUGCAAAAUAACAAAGAAUCGGGCACUGAUUGGUUCCGCCUCGAAUCUAAUAAGGAAGGUACCAAAUGGUUUGGUAAAUGCUGGUACAUGCACAAUUUACUGAAAUAUGAAUUUGAUGUAGAAUUCGAUAUACCCGUCACUUAUCCGGCUACGGCACCUGAAAUCGCUCUUCCCGAAUUGGAUGGCAAAACUGCAAAAAUGUAUCGUGGAGGCAAGAUUUGUCUUACCGACCACUUCAAACCUUUGUGGGCCAGAAAUGUGCCUAAAUUUGGUAUAGCUCAUGCAAUGGCUUUGGGGUUGGCUCCCUGGUUGGCUGUGGAAAUUCCCGAUCUAAUAGAAAAGGGUAUCAUUACCUAUAAGGAAAAGUAGUCAAAUGAAAUAAGAAAAAAACUUUUUUUUAUACAAUUUUUGUAAACCUUUUAUAGGUUCUUUGCUUUUGCUUCUUUUAUUUCACAUUUAAAUGUUUUAUUGUUUUCAUUUAUUUUUGUUUUCCAUUUUCUUUUUUAAUUUUGUAAAUUUUAGAAGUAAGAAUUGAUGAAAAUUAAAGAAAAAUAAUAUUUUUUUACAGUUUAUGAUUGAAAUAUAUUAAUAUAUAUAUAAAACAAA